CCGAACUAGGUUACCACCGCCGCCUGCUGCUGCUGCUGCUGCUGCUGCGCCUCAUUCUGCAUCUGUUAUCUCAUCAUAGCUCCGGCGUGUCUCCGGGGACGCCCGUGAGAUCCUUCUCCUCCUCCUCUUCCUCCUCUUCUUCUUCCUCUUCCUCUUGCUCCUCUUUCGUUCUCGUUCUCUCCUUCUUCUCUCGUCCUUCUCUCCCUCGUCGGUGAAACGACGAUCCUCGAGAUCUCGAUUGGCGUCACACGACGUACUGUCGUCGUGCUAUCACCCGUCGACGGCACCGCCGCAUUUCACCUCGGAAACCGUGACCACAGACAGAUCGCCGCGGGAAUUUUUUCUAUCCCGCGGAGAAUUCACGCGCGCGCUGGCCUCGCCGCCUGGCAACUACAUUCUCCCCGCACCGUGUGACGUAUGUACCGUGUGCGUACGCGCGCGCGGCCGCUGCCGAUCCGCCGAGAACUCGGGAUACGCGGCCCCUCAGAUCGCGGAGAGAAGGGGAGGGAGGACACGAUCACCGCCUCGAGGGCAUCCGCCGACGAGUGAUGGUUGCGCGAACGAUUCCGCAGCGCACCGACUCCUGGAAUGAUCGAUUAACGAACGAACGGACGGACCGUCGCCAUCGCGAGCGAAAUGCCACCGCGGCGGUAGCGUCAUCUUCGGUCGGUCAUCGGAAGACCACCGACGAGAUGAUGAUGUACUGGGAAUAGCAGGAAGGAUGCUUUUUCGAUCGCAGUGCAGCGAGUUUUGAUCUCUCCGGGAACGAUUAAUGACGUCAUCUGCCUUUGGGUUACUUGAAACUCGCACGUGAAAAAAACGCGAUUAUGAUCACAAAUAACAUCAAGAGAAUCGAUGUUAUGAGGUCGAAGAUCGCCAAGGCCGAACAAGAUGACGUUUUGGAAGACAAUCCGCGAUCAAAAAAAAUGUUCAAAGAAAAAUCAUGUUCAAAGCGCAAUGCACCGCGAGUAUUCACCGAGCAACUUAUGUCAAUCCGAAUCAAGGAACUGGCACAGCCGACGAAGCAACGCGCGUUGAACACUCUGAAGGAGAAAGGGAUGAUAUUGCCGCCGAUGUUCGUGGAUAAUCUUACCAGGAUCGUCAGGGCCAGGUCCUACCUAACUCCGGAGGAGGCCGCGCAAAUUCGCCGGGACGAACGUGGAAUGAGAAAGGCAAGGCGGCGACUUCCGCAGCCGCUCGCCAAGAAACCGGGAGAGAUCGCGAAGGAGAUUGCGCGAGCGCCGAUCCUGGACAGAGAUGCCACGAUGUGUCAGUACUUGAUGGCUGAACUCUUUGUCAGAAGCAUUCUGGGAUAUCGACGGGAAACGCAGAAGAGACACGUCCGCGAGAUCGCGGACGUGAUAAUGAGGCGUUUAACGUCUCUCGUCGAACGCGGGGACGUGAAAAACGGCGACCGUGCGACACAGCAGUUGCAACUUUUGGCGGAUACAGUAGCCACUUGGAUGGAUGAGGUGCUUGUCGAAGUUGCCGAUAUGCGUGAGAAAACUUUGGAGGAAUAUUCCGAAACAAGACAGAUGAAAACGAUGGAUGUGGACGAUGAUAAUGAAACAAAUGAGAAAAUUGAAGACAGAGAUGACGAGGUAAAAGGAAAGCAAGCAGGAGAAGAACUUGAAAUGAAAAAUCUGAACAAUAUGAUUCAAGUUUGAAUAAUCCGAAAAAUUUGAAGAAAGA